CUUUUAUCGUGAAACUAAAAUAUAAACAGCCGACGAGCCGACAGAUCGCAUUUAUGCAGAUUGAAAACACAGCAUUUUUACAAUUGUAUUUUUCCUGCAAAAUCGUGUUUGAGCCUCUGAUUGUUUAUAGUUGCUGACUCAUCAAUGGGACGUGAAAGUCCGGCCAGCAAGAGGCGGCGACGCAGCUCAAGUUCAUCAUCAAGCUCGUCUUCAAGCAGCUCCUCUUCAAGCUCCAACUCUGACAGAAGAGCUGAAAGGUCGUCGUCGAGGAGCCGGAAAAGAUUAAACGGCCCUCAACGUUCUCAAAAUCGUUCCCCUCGUCAGCGGAGAAAUCCUAGCGGCUCCGGGGAGCGCAAUGGACGCGCUUUGUCCACAGCCUCCUUUGACUCGUUAGACUUAGAGAAAAUGACCAAGAAGAAAGAUGCCGUAACCUCGCUGAGGGAAAAGCUAGGCACAGAUGCUAGCAAUAGUGAUGAGCCGCAGACCAAGUCUGCUGAAGGGCCUCGCUCGUCGAAAGUGUCCACAGAAAGGAAACCUGCCCGGCCCUCUCCUCCUUCCAGAAAACGCGGUUCUCCCCAAAGAAAGCGCAGUGUUUCUCCAACAAAAGCCAGAGGAAGGCAGUCCAGAUCGCCCCAAGCUAGGAGGAGAUCUCGGUCUCCUAGGCGUAGGUCAAAAUCUCCUCCGAGGAAGCGCUCACCCCCUAAAAGGAUAUCACCCAGACGGAACCAUAAACCAUCAGAAAACCACAGAAGGAGAUCCAAAUCACCACCGGUGCAAAGGAGCCACGUGCAAUCCGAGGAAUUCAACAAAACUAGGAAAGAAACUUAUACAAAGUCUGAGAGCAGCAGGUCGAGGCCAACCUCUGACAAGAAGCAGAGGUCGCUUUCACCUGAUAACAGAUCUAAGUUUGAGGACCGGAGGCCGAGGAGGAGUUCACCUGGCAGACCGACUAGGAGAGGCUCGCAGGAGAAACGAAGGUCCAGAAGCUUCGAGCGCCCUGAGAUGAAGAGCAAUGACAGGCCUAUCAAUAGCAGAGGGUCAAUCAAUGAUAAACGGUGGAAGCAUGAUGGAUACAUCGAGCUUGAAAGUGAAUCCACAAUUGCCCCACAGAGCUCAGGCAGCUUUGACAAGGGAUAUGGAAAGCGCAAGUACCAACCCAACAGUGAUCCAUACAUGGAUGCCCGUAGAGCUCAGCGUGUGGAUAUCUGUGAGACGGGUGUCAUGAGUUUGUGGUCCUCCUCCCCCAGACCUCCUUCGGACAGCUCUGACGAUGAGAAGAAGAAAAAAGAUUCUCCAGAAAACGAAGAAAAGAAAAAGAAGAAGAAGCUUAUGAAAAAGCUUGAAAAGAAGAUAAAGAAAGAGAUCAUCGCUGAGAUGCUGAAGAAGGACAAGAAGAAAAAGAAGAAGAAAAAGAAAAAGAAGGAUACAAGUAGUGACAGCAGCAGCAGUCACAGUGGCGACGAAUGGGUUGAGAAGCCAUCUAAAUCUAGCAAGUCCAGUAAGAAAGACAAAGGUGCGAAAGGAAGUGACGAUGAAGGCGGAGUGGUCGGGCCAAACUUGCAGAAGAUUUCACUGACCCACAAGGAAAUGGGCAGAGCCCUUUUGCCUGGUGAAGGUGCGGCCAUGGCCGCCUAUGUUGCUGAAGGAAAGCGAAUUCCGAGGAGAGGUGAAAUUGGUCUAACGUCAGACGAAAUCGCCUCCUUCGAGUCAGUCGGAUACGUGAUGAGUGGCUCAAGACAUCGUCGAAUGGAGGCUGUCCGUAUUCGAAAGGAAAACCAGAUUUAUUCGGCUGACGAGAAACGCGCUUUGGCCAUGUUCAGCAAGGACGAGAGGCAAAAGCGAGAAAACAAAAUACUUGGACAGUUCAGGGAAAUGGUUUCCGUGAAAAUGCAGAAGAGGAACUAAAUCAAUAGAAGGGCUUAUCUUUUAUUAGUGACACCUCUGUUUCAAAAAUGCUUACUAAACCUUCUUUUACAAAAACAAAAGCACUAUUUAUUUUAAUAUGCCCUGUUGUAACAGUUGAAAGUUCAUUGCUCUAUAUCGAAAUAAAAAUCUUGGCCAUAUUAUACCAAAAAAAUAAAU